GGAAAAUGGCUUUUCAAAUAUUUUAAUUAGCAAAAUAGUCUUUUUUUUAAUUGAUAUAAUAAAUACAAUUAAUAUUAAUUUUUCUUUAUAAUUAAAAAAAAUAGAUUUGGUUGGACUCCCAUCACCUCUUUUCAUUUUCAUCUUCAUCUUCAAUUGAGUUCUUCAUUACUAUAUGAGUUUUUAUCUUCAUUUUCAUAGCACUACUCAAGAAUUUCUUCUUCAAUGGUAUUCAUGCACAUUUGACCUAAAAAAUUCAAGAAACCCUUAAAGAAGAAGUGAAAAUUCCAUCCAACAAUUGUAAAGGUAUGGAUCAUAUCUUUAUAUGCAUGGACUAUAAUGGUGAGUGGAAGAUUACCGAUAAUCGUAUUUGGGAAUGGUUUGGUACUGGUUGCAACAAGGGAUUUGUGGUUGAUCGUAGUAUCAAGUUUCAUCAACUAGUGAAUAAAGUCUAUGAAAAAAUAGGUGUUGAUCGAAACUUGUAUGAAAUUGAAAUAACUCAUAAGGUGGCAGGUGAAACAUUCAACAAGAUGGCACCAAGUAAGAUUUGUGGUGAUUCUGAUGUGGAGGAUCUAUUUAAAGAGUUGUACAAAGUUAAAGAAGUGAUUCCUUUAUAUGUGUGCGUAAAAAAGAAUAAUGAUAAAGGAAAGACAAAGUUUGUCAAUGAUGAUGAUAGUGAUGGUAAUGAACUCACUGGUAAUGAUGUUGAAUUUGAUUGUGAUGAUGAUGUUUUUGAUAAUGGAAGCUUUUACGAUAAUUAUUUUGGGUGUCAUAUAAUAGAUCAAGUUCCGAAUGAUCCAAGUUAUGUCCCGAAUGAAGAUAUACUUCAGAGUGGUGAAGGCAUCAUUGGUUCCAAUCCCACACCAGAUGAUAUUGUACAUGAGAGCGGUAACAAUGAACUUCAGGAAUGUGAUAAAGUAGUUGAAGAAAAUAAUGAUGUAAUUGAGAAUGACAUUGUAGUCGGAGGAGGUCAAAUUAUCCCUUAUCAACAUUAUGAUAUGUUUAUGGGAAAUGUUGCACAAUGUAAUAGAGAAGCAAGUCAGGAUAGUGGCAGACAUGAUGGAUCGAAUUUGAAAGUGGGUCAACACUUUGUGAGUAAGGAUGAAUUGAGUUAUUAUCUUAGCAUCAUUGCCAUUAAUGGGAGAUUUGAAAUGCGAACAACCAAAUCAACCAAAUCGAACAACCAAUCGCAUAGCUUCCAAAGGUGA